UUUAUUUCUAAUAUGGAAAAGAUCCAAAAGAAUCAUUAUCAGACAAAGAAAGAUUUGAUCUGGAGAGCCACUCUUGAUGAAGAUAUCAUCCCCUUCGUCAAUCUCAAGCCUUCUCUCAAAGAACUCACUCAAGAGGAAAUGAAGAAAAAUGAUGCUCCUGACCAGUUCAACUUCUCUGAAGCAAAUGUGUUCAGAGGCUUCACGAAGGGUGCCCAGCCUGUCUUCAACAAAGACAAACUGAUCUACAACUUCAAGACCAACAAGUGGUUUAAAGUCUUGGACCUGAAGACUGACAAUCAGUACAACCCGACUUGGGCCAGCCUCUCCAUCAGAGACGGAGCCGAGACCGUGGAGAUAUCGAAGCCAGAAGAGUUUGCGGAGUACAAAAACACCUUAAAAGUGUUUAUCAACGUGAACUUCUCAGAAGGCGACAGCUCUGUCAUCGAGGUCAACCCCAAGAUCUACGAGAAAUUUGAGACUGCAUUUGAGAACGCACUGCAAGGUGUAGGAGCCCAGAUGAUGUCAUACAAGUUCUUCUUUAAUGGCAAGGAGAUAUCUAAAGAUGACUGUAUAGCAAAUUUGGAAAAUGUAACAGAGGGGAGUACCAUAUUGGCCUCGGAAGGAUUAGGGAAGCCAUCUGUGUUUAAGAGGUUCCCUGACUCCAAUCCGAACUCUAGCUGGUCUAAUAGUGGAAGAUACUGUGACGGUCUUGCGUUCAUUCCUAAUCAGAAUAUUAGGCUAAGUGGGUUCACUACUUUUGCAUCUUCUAAUGAUUCUCAAUAUGAAAUGAGAUACACAGUUGAUAUCGGAGGUACAAUUGUUGAAGAAGAUACAGUCGUAGCUACUGGAUGGGAAGAAGAUAUUUACUAUAGACACAAGCUAAAAGGAAUUUAUCAAGUGCAGGCAAAUCAAAAGUUUGAAAUUAUAGUCUGGAUAGCUAAAAGCCUUACAAAUAAUGAUUAUGUAUCUACUUAUUCGGGAAAUAAUGGUUAUAACUAUGCAGAUGUUGAGAAUGAGCAUAUGGGAUUAUUCAAAAUUGAACAAGCAAGCAAGAGCGACAAUGGUACUUCAGUUUAUGGAGGUCACUUUCCUGAAAUAUUUUAUUACCUUGGAUAAAUUCAAUACUGACGAAA